AUGGAUGCCGUUCCUUCUGCUUCCUCCAAAUUGGUUUUAUUGGCUACGGACGUCUACACGCCGGAAAAACAUUACCAAUACGAAAUAUUAUUCCAACUGGAAGAUGUUUCGAAAGUAGACAUUUCUCAGCUGAACCAGGCCCUGAAUGCACUUCCCGCCCUAGUGGACCUUGCACUCUACGAACGCCUCAAUUUCGACAAACGAGACGGACCCCUCAACCCCCAAAGAACGGACGUCGUCAUCAAAGUUGGACUUACUCCCAAGAAUGAUCCUGAGGUGUUCCAAGAUUAUCACAACUGGUACUCAACGGAACAUAUCCAUCGCCUGAAAAGAGUGGAUGGUUGGAAGACAGGGAGUCGCUACCAAUUAUUCCAGCAGGUCGGCAGGAAGCAGGAAUAUGCUGCUCCUCUCGUGUCAAUUCAUCAGUACGAAGCAGUGAAUGGCCUGGGAGGGGUAGAAUGGGAGAAGUCUGUGAGAACGGAGUGGACAAUGCGGGUCGAUAGCAACAAAGAGAGAUUGCCUCAUCGCAGGCAGUUCCAAGUGCAGGAUUUCAGCAUGCGGAAUCCUGUGACAGAGAAUUGA